CUCGCAAAUGCCGCUGUGUUGAUGAAGGUAAAGGACACGCUUGAUAGCUCUACGAGAUCUUUAGAUUUUGAAACGAUGGAUGUAAUGUGUUUCGUGGAAACAAAGCGAAAACCGAAUCCUUCGGUCUGAGUCUACUUAAGGCUUGUAAUUGGUUUUAGAUGAGACCUGGCAGUGGCAUAUAACGGAAGAACACUGCUGUAACAUUCUUUCAUGCAAAGAACGGAGCAAUGUCCUCCUCGCCAGAUAAUUUAAUACCACCAGCCAUGGGUCACAACUUAAGCAUGGACUACUCUUUUCAGAACAUUCGUCUGAAGAUCAUCAGCCUGGGCUUCAUCUUCUACACCCUCAUCUUUCUCUUCUUCCACGUCAUAUCUAAACUGCUAUUUCUUACUUACCGGUCGCUGUCUGCCAAAGAAAAGGUCUUCUGGGAUUUAGCUGCAACACGGGCAGUGUUUGGCAUCCAGAGCAUGGUGGCGGGACUUCGAGCACUCCUGGAGGACUCUGCUGUCUAUUCAGAUAAGAUUCUUGGGCAGGAAAACUGGUCUUGGUUUAACGUGCUGACUGCUACUGGGUUCUUCCUGUUUGAAAAUAUGGCCCUACAUGCAUCCAAUGUGGCGUUCCGGUCCUUUGACCUGCCGUUAGCUGUGCACCACUUCUUUGCUCUGUUAGGGUUUGUGGGGGCAGUCAUGUGUGACUGGCUGGGUCAUUUUCUCCCAAUGGUGACCCUGCUGCUCGAGAUGAGCACCCCCUUCACCUGCAUCUCCUGGAUGUUGCUUAAGGCGGGCUGGUCAAAGACUCUGUUUUGGAAAGCUAACCAGUGGAUUAUGAUCCAUAUGUUUCACUGCCGGAUGGUUCUUACCUACUAUAUGUGGUUGGUGAGUUGGAAUCAUUGGGAGGAGAUGAAUACCCACAUUCCAUUGGCUCAGAGACUACUAUUCUUUACAGGUCUCUUCCUGCUUACCUUCUUUCUCAACCCUAUUUGGACACACAAGAAAACCAUGCAGCUUCUCAAUCCUGUGGACUGGAACUUUGGUAACAAACUUGCACCAGAAAAUGGACCAAUCGAAGAUCAGGCACAAUGCAAGCCCCAUGCCAGCUAAUCAAUUGAAAGGGCUAGAUCUAAUGGGAAAUGCAGUCUAGAGAGGAGAUGUGGAUGGGGUCACUGUUAUGAACUAUUUAGUGCAGUUGAGUUGGUUUUAGUGAGCAUUGCUUAAAGGUUGAAACAUUUUAGGUUUAGCGCUUUAACUACUGCAAUUGUAUUUUUUUGUGACCGCACAGAUAUGUAAAGGCGCAUUUAUUUCAGUUUGGUUUUUGUAUUUCAAGUAGCUAUAGCGCUUUGUAUCGACAUAGCCCUAUCAAAAAUGAUCAAAUAUCGAUAUAUUGUGAUUCUAUUUCUCACGAUAUUGUAUUGAUACUUUAUGUCCAUGUAUCGAUAUUUGUAUUCAACAAGUAAUGCAUUCACAUAAUUUCCAGUACUUCAAUAGAGAAUAGCAGGUCGUCUAUAUAAGUGCAAACCCAUAGAGCCGUUCAUCCGUGCAGUCAGAGAUGUGUGUGUAUGGAGCACAGAGCCACUCUGAAACCUCAUGUGUAAAACAAUGAUACCGUUUACAUGUGUUUAAAAAAGCACUAUAUACAAACAGCCAUGCACAUGCACGAUGAGACAAUUUAUUUAUUUUAUUAAUCAUAGCCUUCGUGGUUUGAAAAUCGUACUGGAUCAUGUCUUGAUUUUAUUUUGGUUAAUCAUUCAGCCUUAGUUAUUAAAUUCUCGUUGCUACAUUUGCCAAUGGCUACGUUUACACGCACCCUCAUAAUGUGAUUAUAAUGCGAUUAAGGCAAUAUUGCAAUUAAACUGUAGCUCAUGUUAACAGUGUAUUGCAAUUAUGAUAUUGCUAUUAUGCUCCUAUGAAAUUACUCUGUGAACCGAUUCGUUUUAGUGAAUCAAAACAGACUAUUUUAAUAAAUAGUUCAAAAAGAUUCACAAACUGACUGAAUAAUAUUCCUUAUGCCAAGCUGUAUUUAAAGAGAAAUAUUUGCGACAAGUUGUUUUAUGUAAUAAAUAUUAAUUUAUAAAAAAGCAUUAAAACAUCACCUGUCUCAGUAAAUAAUCAGAGUAAUGUCAAGUAUUAUGUAAACAGGAUUGAAGUGGUUGGCUCAAAUCAUGUAAACAUCUUAAUCUAAUUAUUCCUUAUACUCUAAUUAUUGCAAUAAUGAGAUUAUUGUGUACAUUUAAACGUAGCCAAUGUGAAAGGUCCUGUAAAUACCAUAAGUUCCGUUAUAAUUAAAUUUCCUGUUUAUCUUGCGUUGGGCAUCCUGAAAAGCUUUUUAUGUUUGUUUGAGUUUUGAGUAGCUUGAGUCUCUUCUCUUUUAAACAUUAACAGUGUGUGCUGCACAAUGUUUGUCAGGCUUUGAGAUCCUUGUCUGUGUUUUCAGUUCACUGCAAGUUUGGAUCUAAUCUUAGUUGGCUCAUAAUUGUUACUCCCAGUCCUUCAGUGUCGCGUGAUAAAGCCCUGACUGCAUCAUGACUGAACAUGAUCUCUCUACUUUACUAAAACAUCAGUUUGAAACCAUCAGACCUUGAUUUUGGUUUCCUUUGACUAAAGGUUUUUCUUUUACAAGUACUGUGUACAGUUGUUUAAUAGCUGAAGGCUCUGUGUGGUGAGGCAUUGACUUUCUCUGAACUGUGUGGAUGCUUGACUGGACUCUUUGUCUUCUGCAUAAACAGGAUUUCAUCUGACUGGAAGUGAUUUAUCUAUGUAAAAUGGAAUGUGUGUGUGCCAGGGAGGGAGAAAGGAUGACAAAGAAGCUUUUUUACAUUGUUUUGAUUCAUUUUGAGUAGUACUAAUAUCUAGAGAUUUUGAUUUCUUUGGUUUAUGUUUAUGAGCAAAAGCAACAUCAAAUAUUAAUGACAUAUAACAUAUAUAAAUAUACAGUCGAUGCAAUACAUGGCAUGGUGCCAUACUAUUGUACAUGUAUAAAUACAUAAACACAAGCAUAUAUACAGUACUGAACAUACAACAACUAGGUAUGAAGGAAUGAUGAAAACUACACAUGCAGCAUCUUUAUGCUUUAUCUUUGCAAUAGCCUUAGUUAAUGUGAGGAUGAGGAGGUGGUAUUGCCUGAAAGCAACAGGUGGAAUAAAGCCACUGGCUGAAAGGGCUCUAACACAAACAAGGGAAUGGAGAAUUGUUCAUCAUUGCCUCAGUUUUGUGAUCAUCCUAUUGCCUGUCCCUGCUAGGUUAAAUCUGGUAAUGGAUUUUGCCAUCUUAAUCAUUUUGAUCAGAUGCUUGAAUUCGUCUUGGCUACUGAAUUAGUAGCAUAUCUCAAAAAUCAACAACAAUCUGGGCACUUGUUGAAAGACCUGAGCUUCCAAAUGUGAAGCCUGCUCUGGUCUCUCUGCUACAGUGUAACUAUGUAUCCAGCCGAAGGUAUUAAUACGAAUUUUAUUGACAAAACAUAAUUAUGAAGGAAUUUAUUUAUAACAGAACUGCUUUUUAAAAGUUUGUAAUCACUUGAAUAUAUUAUUGAUUGCAGUGCUAGUGUUAAAUCCACUGAUAUCAGCUGCUGCUAAAAUACAUCGACUUUGGUUUCAGUUGUGUGUUUUCACUCUUGCAGCACAAUUUCUGGCUUAAAUGGACCUUUCAAGUUUUUGUUAGCCUGUCUUGUCACAGAGUGAGUCAAAAAAGCUGACUUGUAUAAAUUCAAUGUUUGUGUCAGAAACAGUCAACAGGGCCAUCGGGGUCUGUGAGCUAUUUAAGUAUGACUACACUCUGAAUGAGAACAAAAUAUGACAUGAAUAUGUCUCUCUUUUAAGUUAGCAAGUAUUUAUUAAGUUAAAGUCAGUGAUUUUUUUUUUUUUUUUUUUGUAUGAAUUCCUGUUACAAUUCAUAUUUGAUUUGAACCUCUGGGCUUUAAUACCGUUAAGCCAUAACAAAAAAAACUGUCCUUGUGUUUUCACAAUGUAUUGUCUGGCAAUCUGUUGAACUGUAUAUUUAAAUAGUAACCAACAGCAGUGAUUAUUUAAUACACAAUUCAAUUUAAGUUAUUACACUUGCAAGAAAAUGCUUUUGUUUGAAUAGAUUUUGACAUGAAAUUCAAUAUUCAAAGCUCUUAAACUAUUGUGAUGUUAUUCGGUAUUUUGGGGCGUAACUGGAAGAGAAGUAAUAAAAGAGUUUUAC